CCCUCCUGUCUGGCCGGCUGCGCGCGUCUGUCACGGUCCACUCUCAUCGGCCGACAUUGAUCACUUGGCACUCUUUCUCUCGUUCCAUCCUCUUCACACUUCACACGUCAUGGCAAGGACAAAGUCCGAUCCUCCAAAGGGGCCCGCCGGUACCCAGACCACCCUCCGAGCCUUCUUCGGAGCGCCGAAGCCCGGCCCCGCGUCACAGACGGCGCCGCGCUCGACGCAGCAGCAGCAGCCAGCAAAGAAGGCAGCACCCGCGCCCCAGCUCCCGCCUUCCUCGUCGCCCGCGUCGACGUUGCGCACCCCUCCCUCCGAUCCUGUUGACUUCCCCGUCGCCAAUGCUAGCAAGCGCGGAAGGCGAGCGUCGCCUUUGGUCGUUGACGACGACGACGAGCCGCUCACCCCGCCGCCAGUGGAGGUGAAGGCGCCAGCCAAACGGUCCCUCCCGCCUUCCUCGCCCAUCAAACGAGCCCUCCCACCUUCCUCCCCGCUCAAGCAGGCUUUGACUCUGAGCGAAGAGCCGGACGAGCCCAUGGAUGUUGACGACUCGCCAUUCAUGCCGCAGUCGCGCCGUACGAAGCGCAAGGUUAUCUACGCGGAGUCCGACUCGGACAGCGAUGGUGCCAGUCCCGCUCCUAAAUCUAAGGGCCGUGCACGCAAGAGCUUGAGGGUCGAGUCUGACGACGAUGACUUUGUCUUUGACGAGGCCGAUGAAGCGGCGAUGGCUGCAGCUGCGGACGACUAUGAAGCUGGUGCCGUGUCCGAAGCACCAUCACCCUCACCUUCUGUCGCCUCUACGGCUUCCCCUGUUCGCAAGCCUGCCAAGAAGUCUGUCGCGCAGAAGGCAGUGGCGAAGAAGGCAACCACGUCGUUCAACUCGUCCUCCCCAGCCGGACCGUCUCGUCCCGCCCGCCCGUUGUCGCGAGAAGACUCUGGUGGUGCGUCUUCCAGUCGUAACGACUCGUCAAACUUCCUCCUCACUGCCGCUGAGCGCAAGAAGCUCGUGGCAAAGGAGGAGAAGCAAGCCAAGGAGACUUGCUUCAGCUUCCUCGAGGACGUCAAGGACAAGGAAGAGCGGAGACCAGAUCACCCAGACUACGACCCUCGAACAAUCUUCAUCCCAUCUACAGCAUGGGCGCAGUUUACGCCCUUUGAGAAGCAGUUCUGGGAGAUCAAGCAGAACCAUUACGACACGGUGCUAUUCUUCCAGAAGGGCAAGUUCUAUGAGCUUUACGAGAACGACGCCUCGAUCGGUCACCAGGAGUUUGAUCUCAAGCUGACGGACCGCGUCAAGAUGAAGAUGGUCGGUGUCCCAGAACAGUCAUUCGAAUUCUGGGCGGCCAAGUUCUUGGGUGCCGGCUACAAGGUCGGCAAGGUGGAGCAGGCAGAGACGGCCAUCGGAAUGGAAAUGCGCACCAAGGCAGCUUCAAAGACUGCUGGGCGUGAGAUUGUUCGCCGCGAGCUGGCCCAAGUGUUCACCAACGGCACCAUCGUCGAUGGCACGUACCUCAACUCUGACGAGGCAAACCACUGUGUUGCUAUCAAGGAGUUCACCGAGGGCCCCAAUGCCACGUCGUCAUUUGGCAUCUGCAUCAUGGACGCUUCGACGGGCGAGUUCAACCUCUCUGCGUUUGAUGACGACGUGUGUCGCACACGUCUCGAGACGAUGUUCAGGCAGAUCCGGCCCAAGGAGCUGGUGUAUUGCCAGGGUAACCUUUCGGUCAACACGACCCGCUUGCUCCGUAAUAUUCUGCCCGCGAGCACGGCGUGGCAGUCGUUCAAGGAGGCCCAGACUGGCGGUGCUGAUGACACGCUCGCCUCUCUCGACACUAUCUUCAAUCCGGAUGGGGACGCCGAAGUCGAGCUCCCAGAGGCUAUCACCAGCAUGAUCGACAAGCCAUUGGCAAUGGAGUCUCUGGGCGUCAUGGUGUACUACCUCAACACCUUGAACCUCGACAAGGACCUCAUCUCGCAGAGGAACUUCAACGUCUACGACCCUAUCAAGAACGGCAAGUGCCUCGUUCUGGACGGCCAGACCCUCAGCCACAUGGAGGUGCUGGUCAACAGCGAGGGUGGCCUGGAAGGGACACUCCUGCAGCUAUUGCAGCGAUGCCUGACGCCAUUCGGCAAGCGACUCUUCAGGAUCUGGCUCUCCUCUCCACUGAAGGACGCAGUGGCGAUCAACGACAGGCUUAACGCUGUUGAUGACCUCAUGACCGCGCCGACCUUUGCUGGGCAGUUUACCAAUCUCUGCAAAGGCCUUCCUGAUUUGGAGCGUCUGCUCUCUCGUAUCCAUUCGGGGUCGAUCCGUGUGAGCGACUUCUUCAAGGUCGUCGAGAACUUUGACAAGAUUCACGGAGCCAUGGACAAUCUCAACCGUGUGGCAGACAAGUUUGAGUCUCCCAGUGUCCGGGGCUUGCUCCGCUCGGCCCCUGACCUCGGCCCGUUACUCGCCCACAUCCACUCAAUGUUCACGGUGGAGAGGACUGAAAAAACGGUCGACCUCAACCCGACAGCUGGCGCCGAUGAAGCUUGCGACGACGCAGACAACGCGAUUGCCCAAAUUGAGGGCGAGCUGAACAGCAUUCUCAAGAAUAUCAAGCGUGACUACAAAUUGUCGACAGCCAAGUACUGGCACAGUGCACAGGGCAACAAGGAAAUCUACCAGAUCGAAACCCCCGCCAGUUUCAAGCCUCCCUCCAAGUGGACAAAGUGCUCCAACACGAAGAGCUACGCCCGAUGGUACACUCCCGAGACGCUUCCUGUGAUUCGUGAGCUGCAAGAGGCCCGUGAGACGCAGUCCACUGCCAGGCGGGACUUCUUCAAGCACCUCCUCGCCGAGUUUGACAAGGAUCGCCUGAUCUGGCUCAAGAUGAUUCGCAUCAUUGCCGAGCUGGACUGCCUCGUGUCCCUGGCCAAGGCGUCCAACGACAUGGACGAGCCCAAGUGCCGGCCAGAGUUUGUCGAGUCGGAGGAAGCGUUUGUCGACUUUGAGGCACUCCGCCACCCGUCCAUGUGCCUUCAGCGCGACUUUAUCGCAAACAAUGUGCAACUUGGCGGUGAUGUGGCGCGCACAACGCUGCUCACCGGCCCCAACAUGGCUGGUAAGAGUACGCUGCUGCGCAUGACUGCCGCGGGUGUUAUCCUCGCCCAGCUUGGCUGCUAUGUGCCCGCUGCCAAGGCCCGCCUCAGCCCAAUCGACAAGAUCCAGACGCGCAUGGGCGCUUAUGACAACAUGUUCGCUAGCGCUAGUACAUUCAAGGUGGAGCUGGACGAGUGCUCCAAAAUUCUGCGUGAGGCUGGCCCCAGAUCACUCGUUAUUCUAGACGAACUGGGCCGUGGUACGUCGACGUUCGACGGCAUGGCCAUUGCUGGCGCGGUGCUUCACCACCUGUCCACGCACACGCUCCCUCUUGGCUUCUUUGCCACGCACUAUGGCUCCCUCACGGACGACUUUGCAUACCACCCCAACGUGCGCAACAUGCACAUGCAGGUGCACGUGGACGACGACGAGGGUGUCGUCUUCCUCUACAAGCUCAUCAAGGGCCACGCCGAGUCAUCACACGGUACGCACGUCGCCAAGCUGGCUGGUGUGCCACAGAACGUAAUUGCGCGCGCCGACGAGGUGUCUGCCCAGUUCUUCGAGGAAUUCAAGGACAAGCUGGCGUCGCGGCGCCAGAGCAAGCUGUCGGUCAUGGCGCAGUCGGACGUCGCGUGGCUGCUCAAGCUGGCCACGGGCAAGGUUGACGAGACGACGGCAACGGUGUCUCAGCAGCUGGACGUGAUUCGCCGUACGGCAGCACACUACGCGGCGUAA